CAGCCGCCUCCCGCCGGGGCGGGGCAGAGCGCUGCGCUAGCGAGGCCGCGUCCACUCGCGGCGUUCGCCGAGCUGGCGGGAUGUGCGGGCGCACGGCCUGUUCCCUCGGGGCCGACAACCUCCGCCGGGCCUGCGCCUACCGCGACCGGCGGGGCCACCGGCGGCAGCCCGAGUGGAUCCGAGCAGAAAGCUACCGGCCCUCGUACAACAAGGGCCCGCAGUCCAGCGGGCCGGUGUUGCUCUCCCGCCGGCACCUUCAGCAGGAUGCUGACUCCUCUGAGCGGGUCCUCAUGGACAUGCGCUGGGGCCUGAUUCCCUCCUGGUUCAAAAAGGAUGACCCUUCCAAGAUGAAGUUCAAUACCUCUAACUGCCGCAGUGACACCAUGCUGGAGAAGUCCUCCUACAAAAGUGCUCUCCUCAAGGGCAAGCGCUGUGUGGUCCUGGCAGAUGGCUUCUACGAGUGGCAGCAGCAGAGUGGGGGGAAGCAGCCAUAUUUCAUUUACUUCCCCCAGACCAAGGACACUAUGGCUGAAGGGAAGGAGGAAGAUGAGGAAUGGCAAGGAUGGAGAUUACUCACCAUGGCUGGCAUUUUUGACUGUUGGGAGCCACCAGCGGGAGGAGAAGUCCUUUACACUUACACCAUCAUCACCGUGGAUGCCUCAAAGGAUGUGAGCUUCAUCCACCACAGGAUGCCAGCCAUCCUGGAUGGGGAUGAGGCUAUCAGGAAAUGGCUGGACUUUGCUGAGGUGCCAACCCAAGAAGCAGUUAAACUCAUCCAGCCCACAGAGAAUAUAGUUUUCCACCCAGUAUCCACCUUUGUCAACAGCAUCCGCAACAACACACCUGAGUGUCUUGCACCCAUCACACUGGGAGACAAGAAGGAGGUUAGAACUACCUCAAGCAACAAAGUGAUGCUGGGCUGGUUAAAAAGCUCCCAGGAGGGCUCUCCUCAGAAGAAAGAAAAUGAUUUGCCCAAGUGGACAAGUCAGUUCAUCCACAGCCCUUCACCCAAGAAAACCAGUGCAGGUAUCCUGCAGCAGUGGCUGGGGAAGGAGGGAGAGCCAGUUGCAAAGAAGCACAAGACUUAGGCAGCUGCUGGGAUGGCUGGCCAUCCUUUUCUCUGAAUUUCCUAAGCAGAAUGAGUGAUGUGUUCUUUGGUAGGCUUUGCAGACUGGUGUUGAGAUUCUCCUGGCCUCUCAGGCAUUGAUCCAGGUUGUUGCCUCUGUUAUUCUCUUUUGUUAAAGGUUGCUGAUUCUUUUUAAAGGUUUAGGCUUUGUCUUGUGGUGGCAGGAGUUAAUAUAACUUGAUGGCCUCCCUCCCUGGUAGUCGCUCAUGCCAAACAAAGAUAAAGCCCUGAGAAGCAUCUCAGUCUGCUGGGUAGGAGUACCUUCUGAUAGUGUUCAUAGUUCAUGUCUCCUCCUGUUUUCUUUUCCCUCUUUAUUCAGUAUUAAACUGAUACUUCUUUUCUAUGUAAUUCCAUAUUGAUUCUGUUUAAAUCCCUUCUUAAUACUCUCGCCUUCAAAGUGUGGCUGCAGUACAGAGAAGCAUGCAGUAAAUACUCAGAGGAAACCCCAGGCUGGGAAGAUUUACCAGAGCUGUCCUGCUCUGCAUCAGAAUCGCCACAUUCAUUCAUGGCCCCUAAACAGAGAUGUUUAAGUAGUGUCUGGGAGGAACCAAACUUUGCUUGGGUUUCCCUGUGGGUAUCAGGGUUGGACAGGGUGUCUUGGUCACGUUGUUUGUGCAAUCUUUUUGUUAAUGGGAUUUGAAGUCUUAGAGAGGAUUUUCUUGAUCUGUGGAGGGAUGCGCUCUGCCUUGUUCAUAAAGGUCGUUUCGUUAAAGCCCGGAUAACCAAAGUGCCAUUACAGAACAGCAUAGGGCAGUUGUUUUUGAGGUCAGGGAUUUCAUAAACAGCCAGAUGUUACAGACCAAAAGCCUUGCACUGUGUGGCUCUUGCUGGAAAGGAGUAUUUCAUUUGGUUUGGGAACAAUAAAUGGGAUUAACUAGUUGA